CUAAGGCUCCAUCAAGCUAAAGUAUGGUCGCAGUCUUCACGCGUCAUUCGGUUGGCCUACACAGCUCUCGAUAAGUUCAGUUGCGCGCGCGUGUUGCUUCAUUUGUUUUCGGAGUAUUUUUCGAGUGCCAGUUCUUCUUUCGGAGGUACAAUUACGGGUUUACGUAAUCGACUUCUUUUCUGAUUCCCGCUGUUGACAUUCGCCGGGGAAAAUGUGCAGUGAGCGACACCUAAAAGUAAUCUUCAUAGCCUGAGUCCUUUUUCCAUUUUUUCCGCUCUUCUAUCUCUGCUGCUAAUGCAUUGCAGUAACAAAUCAAUGUACUUGUAAAUAGCCUAGAAUAUAGCUUCAGCCAACAGAGUGUGCCAAAAUGACGACCUUAUCGCAUCCCUACAAAGACUGUUCGGAGCCGAAAGAGGUUCCUACACAAUAUGCAAAGGACGUGGAUGCGCUGUUUGAAUGGAUCAAACAGCAGCCACGGUUCCCGGCAUAUACGAAAAACCAUGCCCAUCUGUUCCUCCAUGCGUGCCUGUGGGAUAUCGAGAAUGGCAAGAAGGCACUGCAGAAGUACGCACACAUCCAUGCCACGGCACCGGAUAUUUUCGACAAUCGGGACAUUCUCUCGCCCGGAGUGCAGUUUGUGCUGAGCAUGACUCACAUGGUUUCGCUACCGAAAUUAACACCGGAAGGAUAUCGAUUAUUGUGCUAUCGUUUGUCCGACUAUGACCCCUCACGAAUGAACUUUGCCGAGGCAGUGAAAACAUUCUGCAUGUUCAACGACGUUCAGAUCAGCAAAGAUGGCCCGAUCGAGGGCUACAUCGUUGUAUUCGACAUGAAGGGCGUCCGGCUUGGUCACCUGGCACGGGUACAGUUCGGACCGCUGAGAACUUUCAUGAACUACAUCCAGGAUGCACAUCCGGUGCGGCUGAAAAAAAUCUACAUCGUGCAUACGGCGUCCUUUAUCAAUCAAGUGAUGGCCCUGAUAAAACCGCUAAUCAAAUCGGAGCUGCUGGGUUUGCUUCAUUUCACCACCUCUGGACCAAUUGAUAUCUUGGGCGUUGAUCUGUUGCCGAAGGACUAUGGUGGCCCACUGGAAGAACUCGCAGUCAUGCAUGCAGAGCAGAAGAAGGAAAUCGAAACCAAGUACCGCGAGUGGCUAAUAGAUUCCGCUGCGCUGAAGGAGGCACCCAAGGAUAAGAGCAAUAUUUCCUCCAGUUCUAUUAAACCACCGGUGAGAGGAUUCCGUAGUUUAGAGAUUGAUUAAAUUAUGCUUGCUACGUCAGAACAGGAGAGGACAUCGUUUUAGGAGCGUGUGAUAGAUUACGAAUCUUUUGGUUGAGGAAUAUUUUACGAAAUUUUGUCAUAUAGCGUGUCAAAUUGUUACAGAAAAUUUGUUUAGGAAAUUAUGAUGUUUAAUUUUGAAUAUAACAAUGCAAUAUGUGUCCAGGGAAUAUAACAUGCGAUAUGUGUCAAUAAACUUUAAAAUACGAAUCUUAUCACUAAAUAUCUGUAUGGGAGAUUCCAUAACAAA